GAUUCAAUAAAGUCAUCACCCACUGAUUUUCUUUUAUAUCACCACCAAAUUGUAGAGUUAUCACUCAAAGUUCUUCUUUCUAAUCACCCCCCAAGUUGCAGCAAUGGUGAUGAGUCAAGAAAUAGAGCUUGAUGAAGUAAUAGUAGAAAACCCUAUUCCAAAACCGUCUGCCAAAAAACUCACGUUAUUUCCUCUUAUCUUUCUCAUCUAUUUUGAAGUGUCAGGAGGUCCUUUUGGAGAAGAACUUGCAGUUCAAGCAGCAGGACCACUCUAUGCUUUGCUUGGGUUCUUAAUCUUCCCAUUUAUUUGGAGCAUACCGGAAGCUCUAAUCACAGCAGAACUUGCUACUGCAUUUCCAGGUAACGGUGGAUAUGUUAUUUGGGCAUCUGAAGCAUUUGGUCCUUUUUGGGGAUCUAUGAUGGGUUCAUUGAAAUUUCUCAGUGGAUCUAUUAAUAAUGCUGCGUAUCCGGUACUGAUUAGAGAUUACUUGAUAACUUCUGGUAUUCAUUUAUUUGACAAAAAAGUGCCUAGUCAUUUAUUUUUAUGUAUAUCUACGAUAAUACUAUCGUUUUUGAAUUAUACUGGAUUAACAGUUGUUGGUUGGGUUGCUGUUGGUCUUGGUGUAGUUUCUCUGAUGCCAUUUAUUAUCCUGGCUUUUAUUGCAAUACCUAAAAUUAAACCCCAUAGAUGGGUGAGUCUAGGUAUAAACGGCCAUGAUUUCUGGAAAAAUGAUUGGAACGUAUAUUUAAAUACCCUGUUUUGGAAUUUAAACUUUUGGGAUAAUGCAAGUACUUUAGCGGGAGAAGUAGACAAUCCACAAAAGACUUUCCCAAGAGCUUUGUUUUCUGCUGGAUUAAUUGCUUGUCUUGGGUACCUGAUCCCUUUAUUAGCAACAAUUGGAGCUUUAGAGUUGAAGCAAGAGGACUGGGAAGAUUCGUAUUUAACGACCGCUGCAGGAAUGAUUGGUGGGUCAUGGCUGGGGACCUGGGUUGCACUUGGUUCAGUUUUAUCAGGUGUUGGAUUAUUUGAAGCUCAGUUAAGCAGUAGUUCGUUUCAAUCUGAAGGAAUGGCAAAUCUUAGGUUUUUACCGGGCUUUUUUUCAUCGCGAUCUAAGCAUUUUAAUACACCAUGGGUCGGAAUCUUGUUAUCAAGUGCAAUUACAUUGGGUGUUACAUUCUUGCAUUUCAAAAACAUUAUAGCGGCAGCCAACUUCUUAUAUAGCCUGGGUAUGCUAUUAGAAUUUUCUGCUUUUAUUUGGUUAAGAAUUAAAUUGCCAAAUUUGAAUAGACCUUAUAGAGUUCCCGCGAAUGUUCCUGUCCUCUGCAUUAUGUGUUUGAUACCUGCAGCAUUUGUGGUGGUCGUUAUGAGGUUUUCUAAACUUAUUCCUAUCUGCAUCAGCGCUGGUCUUACUUUUCUUGCAAUUUGCAAUUAUUUUCUGAUGAAUUACUUCAAAUCCAAGGGGUGCAUCAAGUUCAGUGCUAAAGAUAAUGACGAAAACGUGGGGGAGGCUGAAUCAAGAGAACAACAAUGAGGGGUAUUUUCAUAUUCUCUGGCUUAGUUAUGAGUUUCUAAUGGCUUUUU